CUCUCUCUCUCUCUCGGUGUAUAUGAACAUCGGCACGUAUUUUCUAUCCGCUUUUCAGAGAUGGCCAUCUGAUGAGUCAUCAAUCUUCACCAUCUUUUCACGAAAAGUUCCUCUCCGCAUUACAUUUAAUCAUUCUAAAUGACUUUUUCGCAUUGUACAUUGUUUCCGUUGGCCAAGAAGUGAGGAACAUAUAUUAUCACUGAUUUCCGAUAGAAGAAAAGUGACUCAUCUUAAAUAAUUUCUUCUCAUGAAAAUUUUCCUCUUAUUUCAAGGCUGGCUUCGUAUCUACGGUUUACUUGAUUUUGCUGGUGGUACUGUUAUACACAUAGGGAGCGGAGUGAGCGCUUUAGUUGCCGCUGUCAUUCUUGGCAAACGACACGACUUCGACCCAAAGGCUGCUAUGGCUGGCCACAAUCUUCCGUUCACCGUCCUUGGAACAGGCCUUUUGUGGCUCGGCUGGAUUGGCUUCAACGGUGGAUCGUCUCUGGCUGCCAAUGGAGUGGCGGCAUUAGCCAUGACGAACACGAACAUUGCGGCAGCAGGUGCUUGUUUAAUUUGGGUCUUGAUGGAUGCUAUCCAAGGCAAAGUUUCAAUAACAGGCGCCUGUUCGGGCUUAGUCGUUGGUCUCGCUACUGUAACACCCGCUUCCGGUUAUAUUCAACCAGCUAAUGGUCAUCCACAUAAUGUAAUUAAAAAAGCAAUGAGAAAAUUCGAAUUAAACAAAAAUAAUAAUAAUAAUAGACAACAACAAAGGAUUAAUACACAAACGAUUUAUAUUUCAAUGCCUUUUUAUAAUGAUUUUCUAUUCUGUUAG